UUGCCUCUCUGAAAACCUUCACCAUGGUCGACGCCUUCUGUGCCACUUGGAAACUGGUUGACAGUGAGAACUUUGAUGAGUACAUGAAAGCACUCGGUGUGGGCUUCGCCACCCGCCAGGUCGGUAAUGUGACCAAGCCGACGGUCAUCAUCAGCCAGGAGGGUGACAAGGUGGUGGUCCGCACCCAGAGCACCUUCAAAAACACAGAGAUCUCCUUCAAGCUGGGAGAGGAGUUUGACGAAACCACCGCUGAUGACAGGAACUGCAAAUCCACAGUGACUCUGGAGGGAGACAGCUUGGUCCACGUCCAGAAGUGGGACGGCAAAGAGACCAAGUUCGUCAGAGAAAUCAAGGAUGGCAAGAUGGUCAUGAAUUUGACCUUUGAAGAUGUCCAUGCGGUGCGUAGCUACGAGAAAGCAUGAGUGCUCCAAGAAGUGUUGAUUUUCUAAUUAUUAUUGACUGUAUGCUUCUCUUUGCACUUCAUCUUCC